AGACAGAUCUGUAUUCAGCUGUUCCAUACUGAGGCUCAGGGUGCCUCCAGCGCUACGGUCGAGCCUCUACACCACAGCAACACUUUGCUGUCAGGACUCCUACACCUGCUCUGCUGCUCAGCCGAGACUACACUCCGACAGAAGAGACAGUUCCGGCUGCCAGGUUACUGAGAGGAGAAGAUCAUCCUGUUAGUUGGAAAAAUGAAACUUGAAGUUUUCUCUGCCCACCACUUCGCGCAGAAGCCGCUGGAGUUGUGUAUGGACGCGGUCGGAGGAGUCCCGUCUCCGCUGUCCGGAGACGAGCUGGGGUCGGACGGGGACUGCGUGGCCAACAGCCCGGCACCUGUCACACAGAGCGGCGACGGCGGCAAGGGGAAGCCCUACACCCGCAGACCCAAGCCUCCCUACUCCUACAUCGCCCUCAUCGCCAUGGCCAUCCGGGAGUCCAGCAGCGGCCGCCUCACUCUGGCAGAGAUCAACGACUACCUGAUGAAGAAGUUCCCGUUUUUCCGCGGCAGCUACACCGGCUGGAGGAACUCGGUGCGCCACAACCUGUCACUCAACGACUGCUUCCUCAAAGUGCUGCGGGACCCGUCCAGGCCCUGGGGCAAGGACAACUACUGGAUGCUCAACCCGCACAGCGAGUACACCUUCGCUGACGGGGUGUUCCGUCGCAGGAGGAAGCGCAUCGCCAAGAGGCCCCACAAGGAGCAGGAGAGCCCGGACAUCCUCAGUGAGGACACCCGUCUCCCCGCCCCGGAGGAGAGGGUGGGGGCAAAGUUUUCCAGCUCCUUCGCCAUUGACAGCAUCCUCAGCACACCUUUCAAACGGAGGGAGGAGAGCCACGCUGACGCAGAGCACCCCGGGCCCCGGGUGUACUGGUCCCCAGGGGCCCACCUGCUUCCCUACACUCUGAACUACCCGACACAGCACACUUACCUGUCAGAGGCAGCGUACAGCGGCACAGAGCCCAGCAGGGAUGCUCCCACAUACCUCCGGCACACCGCAGCCGGCAUGGCCGCACCUGAGGCCGCGUUCAAGAUGCCCAGCAAGGCGCGAGGUUUCCAUAUAGACUCCCUGCUGUCGUGAGACACUUGGACUGCUGUCAGACGCGUGCGUUUUGACGCAUGGUGUGCACUUUUGUGGGUGAUUUUAGCUUUGAGUGAUUUAACUGUUUAAGUGUGUGGGACUGUGUGUCUCAUCAGGACUACUGUCAGUCAUUUAGCAGUGAAAAGAAACAACAUGGCGUGUUGUCUGUAUAGAUCUGUGUGGUGACUUAAGCAAAUUAGUAGUGUCAUCGCAAGACAUUCCACUGUGUGUGUGUGUGUGUGUGUGUGUGUAGGUGUGUGCGUGUGUGUGUGUGUGUGUGUGUGUGUGUGUGUGUGUGUGUGUGUGUGUGUGUGGUUUAGAGAGUGAGUACUCAUCUAUUCAUGGUUCAUUGGUCAUUUCUACUGUAUGACGGCAGCCAAGUGCCAUGUUAAAAAAAAAACCCUAUCAGUCUAUUUAUACUUUAAUGUUUUGUACGACCUGCUGUAUAAAUAUUGUAUGUAUAUAUCUGUGUAAAAAGAUACUGACUGAGCUGCGUUACGAUUCACGUGGCUGCACUAGAAGCGCAUGGAAAAAUGUCCCGUUUUCCUGAGAAUGAUCGAUGCAUGCCUGUUAUUUUUAUGAAUAAAAAAAACUUGAAACAAUGGAA